UUUUUUUUUUGAUAUUCAAACUUUAAAGGCUGUCUUUCAAUCAUAGUUAGGAUUAGUGAAUUGUUAAUAUUGAGGAUUAGUUAAAAGUAAUUCCAUUUAGUGGACUGACAGAUCAUACAUCUCGUGAACAUCAGUCCACUCAGUUUGUUACUUUUCAAAAGGGCUGGCUGUGGGGUUAUGUAAAUGUGGUUUUCUACUUACUUUGUGUAUUUGCUUUGUGAGCAUUUUUGGGCUAUUGCCGACCAUAUCAUUCUUUUUCCUUUACUGUCUACUUUCCUUUUUUUCUUUUUUUCUUUAAUACUGAAUCUUGUUUAUCAGUUUAAGCAGGAUCAUUUCUUUGAAUUCUUGAACAUUAUCAUCAGUCUCUAUACAUGGCCACUGAUACUGUUUCAUCUGAUCAUCCUACUACUGCCUUUGAGGUGUUUAAGUGGUAUUCUAGGAAAUGUCUUUCACCCAGAUGUGUGCUAAAAGUUUAAUUGACAAAGGCAUAUGACUCUAUUGAAUGGAGUUUUCUACAAAUGAUGCUGGCAGAAUUGGUUACCCUCACAGAUUCAUACACUGGACCAUCGCAUGUGUUACCUCAGUCUUAUAUUCUUGGUGUUAAAUUGAGCGAUGACAGAGGCUUUUCAUGGGUAGAGGGGAAUUAGACAAGUUGUUGUAGUGUGGAAGAAGUACAGAAGCUGAUGCGAAGUGAAGCCUAAAGCUGACGAACCAGCUCCAACAAUAGUGGAAGAAGUAAAGAAAGCUGAUGAAGAAGAGAUGCCGACGAACCAAGGAACCUACCCCUGAACCAGAAGCUCAAAGUAUGCCCGAUCAAGUUGCUGACAUUACCAAAAGUGAACCAGAGGUCCAACCAGAGGCUGGAAAUGUUGAAACUCUAGACAAAGAAUCCAAAAUAGAGCCUGCUGAGGAAAAGUCUGAGCAGCAGGCAGCAACAGUUGACAUUGUGGAAACAUCAAUUGUGGCUGUUGAGGAAAAGAAGGAGCAAGUAGAUUUAGAGGCCAGUGAACAGCAAAAAGCUAAAGAGGCAGAAGUCCCGAAAGCAGAACCUAAGGAAGAAGCUUCACAACCAACUCCCAUUGUAGAGGAAAAGCUAACUGAAGCUACUGAAAAAAUGAGCAAGAAGCUGCUGAGGCUGUUGCCAGAAAUGAACCAGCGAUUCCAGUAGAUAAGGUAGAAGAGGCUCCAAAAGAGGAACCUGUUGUUGCAGAGAGCUCAAAUCAAGUAGCAUCAACUACUUUACAAUCACUAAUGCAGAAAAUGGAUGAGGAAAGUUGCUGGAGACAAUACUGUCAUUGAGGAGAAAGAAAAGGAAUUGCUUCCAGAGGCUGCAGCUGUUGACGCACCACGAAAAGAAGAGUUUAAAAAUGUCGAAAGAGAAAUAAAGGAUGUGAAAACUGUUGGUCAAGAUGAGAAGGAGGAGAAAAGUAUUGUUAAUGAGGAGUUAGCUGCACCAGAAGCAAAGGGAGUCGAAACAUCUGAAGUCACUGAAAAGGUCUCAGAAUUGGAGAUUGCUUCUAGUGACAUCAGACCAAUUACAGAAAAUGGGAGCACAAAGGAUGACACAAGUCCUACAACUGAAACCAAUGAAGUUGCAGAAGUACACAAGCGGGAAGCACAUUCCUCCAAGCCACGUAAGUGCUGAGUUUGUUUUCAAAACUGUUCCAGAUUUUAAGAAGAAAAAAAGGGAUAUUGAGUUUAAAAAAAGCUUUCUAUGCACACAAGGAUAUGAUAAUAAACACUCAGUUGUUAUGGCUUGAUGAUCUCCGUCUAAUUUUACUGUUUUUUCUCUGUUUUACUUCAAUUAAA